GCCCAAAGAAGAAAUACCGUUAGCAGGGGUUGACUAACACAAUGUUGCACCCUUGACGCAAUAGUUAAUGGCGAGCAUUGGUUGCAAACGGUCGUGUUUCGAUAGUCAAAGCGGCAAACCGAAAACCCAAACUGAAGUGAAUGGAUAUUGUCAACAACACCUUUUUGGGGGAACAAAAAUUGAAUGAAAAGAAAAAAUUAAGAAAAACCAAAGAAGGCCCUAAAUAAAGUGAAUUAAAAAAAAAAAACGAAAAAUAAAAAUUAUUAACAGUGAAAUAACAAAAGUAAAGUUUAAAAAAAUUAAAGCUAAUUUUCUUGUGGGUGAUUGUUGGCUUAAAAUCUAGAAAAAGGAAUCUCCAAAAAGUGCUGAACGAAUGAAAAAAGCCUAUUGUUAAUAUAUCAAUAUUGAAACUUUAUUGUAUAUACCUACCAAAACACUGACACAUACAAACCAACCUAUACUCAAAAAAAAGGAUAACCAAAGGAUAAUGACCUAAAAUAAUGUUUGCUGAUAAAUCGGGACCGAUUUGGAUGAUACUCUUGUAUACAUAGUGCAACCAAUUAAAGAUUUAACAAAAAACUAUUUUCAAGGCGAGUAAAAGAACGAAAUAUUUAAGAGACAAAAAAGAAGUUUAUAUUGAAGAGUCAAACGGGAGGAGAGAGAGAGAGAGUAACUGUAACUGAUGCAAUUCCAAAGACAACAAAAUCAGCUGUAACCCAAACAUAAACAAUUAAUAUCCCUUAAAGGGGGAAGGAAACAAAAGCCCGUCGAUAUACUGUGUAACCGAAAAGACGUGGCUAAAAGGUGCCAUAUUAACGAGUAGCAUACAGCCCUUCCGCCAGUAGCAGUAAAAGAGAUAGCCGUAAAGCUCUUAAGAGGAUUUGAUGGAUCAAAAGAGCAACUCAACUGUUUGUGGAUUAAUUCAACAUUCAAUUGCAACAUUUUGUGGACCAUCUCCCCUUGCCCCCUGUUACCCUGGUAACUCUACUGGCCAUUAAAGGCAUGUUGCAAAGAGUUUAUUUAUCUUCGAAUCGUUGAAAUUGCUUGCCUUCCGUUUAAGGUCCUUGAGGGCAUUUUGUGAGUGUAUUCGUGUGUGUGUGUUUGUGAAUAAAAGAGAGCCAUACAAAAGGAAAAAAUUCGCCAACAAUUGGAAAAAUAUAGAGAAAAACAAACAUUUUCCUUUUGUUCAAGAGAUUUUAUUUUAUUUUUCUUUCUUUUGUUUGAUUUCGUUUCUGGCUGGAUGUCUGUCUGUCUGUCUCACUGACUGACUGACUGUUGUUGUCCUUACCGGGAAAAUUUAUAAUCAAUCAAUGAAACAACAGCAACAAUAGCAACGAAAAGCAUAUGUGUGUGUUUUCAAAAUUUGAUUGAAUUUUUAAAGCAGAUAACAAAAAAAACAAAAAACGGGAAAGUGGAGAACAAAGGCAACAACAAUAGCGAGAACAUAAAAACAUGAAAACUAACAGCGAAAAUAAACGAAAUUUUACUUCAAUCAAAGUAACAAUAACAAAGCCAGAGCUAACAAAGUUCCAAAAUCCCCACGAUUUCCAAGGAAACAACCAAACAUGCAAUGAUUUACCAGAGUUAAGGCAACAGCAGGGAUUGAUCGGAGAGACAUCGACUCCUUUUAAAUUCAAUAAAAAUAUGGUUAAAAUAAAACAUAAAAAAAUCUUCUUCUUCUCCAAUAAACAACAAAUGGAAAAUUGGGAAACGAAGGAGGCACUGAAUAAAACCCACGACGAAGGCCGCGACGACGAAACGAUAUCUGCAACAGCCACAGCAGUUUCCAGGACACAACCAACAACAUCCACCGUUAACGUUAUCACAACGCCAGCAACAACAGUGACAAUGUCAUCAUCAACAUCGCCAUUGUCGGAAAUUUUAACUGCAAUGCCAGCUGUCAGACCAACUAAGGCAAGCGAAGAGGAAUAUCAACCUCUGCCACACCUUAACUAUCAGCAACAACGUCAACACCACCUGCAUAAAAGCAACAACAACAAGGAGAUGAAAAACUGCAAUCAGGACAACGAGUUACAUUCUACUAAAAACAGCAACUCUCCCAUAACCAAUACAACAUCCUCCUCCUCUGCCAUCAACAAAUCCUCCAAAAGACAACAAGUGACAACUUCCGCUAUGAACAUUUUUAGAGAAAAUAGGAACAACAAAAACAGCCAUGUAAAUGAACUACAUUUGGGAGCCUUUUACAAUACUCUGGCCACUUUCAUCUUUAAGCAAACUAAAAUGCAAUGUGGCACCAAAAGCAGAGCAUCAUCAACAGCCCCAGCUACACCGGGAACCAGGAAAACCCGAACAUCAACCUCUACCACCAGCACCAGCACCACCACCAUACAAUUCGUUAGCCAGCUUUUAGUUUUGCUCACCAUGGCCUCACUGGUUGGUUAUGCCCAUGCCGGCUUUGCCUGCCUCAGUAAUCCCUGUGUAUUUGGCGUGUGCAUCGAUGGUCUAAAUAGCUCCUAUUCAUGUUACUGCAUUGACGGUUAUACAGGUAUUCAGUGCCAAACGAAUUGGGAUGAAUGUUGGUCAGGACCCUGUCAAAAUGGUGGUACGUGUGUCGAUGGCGUGGCCUAUUACAAUUGUACAUGUCCAGAUGGGUUUUCGGGUGCCAACUGUGAGGAGAAUGUCGACGAGUGCAUGUCAAAUCCAUGUCAGAAUGGUGGACAUUGUCGUGACCGUAAUAACGGCUAUACGUGUACAUGUCAACCCGGCUAUUUGGGAGAUCAUUGUGAAGUAGAUGUGGCUGUUUGUGAAACGGGCACUGGAGCUCGCUGCCAGAACGGUGGUGAAUGUCUCGAAGGACCUGGACUCGAAUUCUACUGUGAAUGUCCGGCCGGUUGGCAUGGACGCAUUUGUCAGGAUGAAAUCAACGAAUGCGACUCAUCGCCCUGCCAAAACGGUGGCAUGUGUGUGGACAAAUUGGCCAGUUAUGUGUGUGCCUGUCCCAUGGGCUAUACGGGGACAAAUUGCGAAGAAGAGAUCCUAAUUUGUGCCGAUAAUCCGUGCCAGAACAAUGCCCUAUGUCUGAUGGAAGAGGGGGUGCCGACGUGUUAUUGUGUGCCCGAUUAUCACGGGGAGAAAUGUGAAUAUCAAUAUGACGAGUGUCAAUUGGGUCCACGUUGUAUGAACGGUGGUGUGUGCAUUGAUGGUGUGGACACCUUUUCGUGUUCAUGUCCACCGCUGUUGACGGGAAUGUUGUGUGAGUGUCUGAUGAUUGGAGAAGAUUCGCUGGAUUGCAAUUAUACGGCACGCUCAACAACGGCACCGCCCACCAUGAAACCGAGGCCAACACCGGAAUUGACAACAGUGAAGAGUACUUUGGAGGAUACCACGAUGAGUGGUCACCACGGUGCUGGAGGAGGAGCAGCAGGUGGGGGUGUGGAAGAUGUUUCGGAAUCGAUUUCUAAGUCCCACGAAGAAGAAACGGAGGAAGAGGAGGACGAAGAUGAGGAGGGUCAUGAUAAGACCAAGGGGGCAGGAGAUGAUGAAGAUUCCCUGGAGAAACCCAGUACCCGACCAAUUGGAGGGUCAGGUUUCGGCACAGGUGCUGAUGAUGAUGUAACUCCCACCACAGCAGGUACCCAUGUGCUGCAUGGAUCCACCUCCGCCUCAGAUGAGGAAGACGAAGAUGGACAUCCAUCUUCGGUGGGAACUACAGAUAUUCCCACAUCGCAUGACAGAGACAGGUCAAGUUCUGAGUUGCCUGGACAUGGUGGCGUAACAGAAGACAUAGAGCACUCUGGGGAAGUGACAGCUACAACAGCCACUCGCUACGAUGAGACAAGUGGUGGCAGUGAUGAGGCAUCCUCAACGGCGAAACCCAUAACAACCGGCCGUGAUACAGAUGUAUACACUACCGUACCCCUCUCUGGAGAAUCAGGGGGCGGUAGUGAAGGAGCCACCAGUGACAGUGAUGAAGAUCAAACGGGUAUCUAUGUGCAUCCCACUCGGCCCAUAUACACCCAACAUCACUUCACCACUGUUGAGACCAGCAUAGGAAUUGAGUAUUCCACUUCCCAGUACAGCUAUGGCAUGCCCACGUAUUAUCCCACAUUGGAAAUUCCCCAUGUCACCUCGAAACCAGAAUCGGAUAGCCAUAUUCGACCAUACAGCGAGAGACCCGAGACAAAAUCCUCCGAAGAAGAUGAGGGAGGUCAUGAAUCAGAUGGCGGUGGCGAUCGUCUGCCCACAACACCACGAUUUGUGAUUCGACCUGAAAUUGCCACCACAGCGGCACCAUUCUUUACCGAGUAUCCGGAGGUGGUGGUGACCACCAAGUACAUGGAUCUUAGUCCCUCUGGAGGACAUGCUCCCACAACACAAUCACCCAUACGGGGACCAUCCUACACCGUGACAACUAUUAGCUCCUCAUUUGACUAUGAAACAAUUGAGGUGUCCACCAUGAGUCCUGGAAUUUCAGUUACAGUACACCUUCCGGAAAAUCGCACAUAUCAUCCGUAUACACCGCUGACAACUACACCCAGCACCUCUAUUUACCAUCCGGCCACAACUUAUGUUAGCAAAUCGGAUUAUGAGACAACGCCCCACUAUCAAGGGCCACCAACGUCACAUCCCUUGCCUCAUCAUCCCGAUGCACCCAUGACCACGGGACAUCCUCUCUACACCGAAGACCAUCAUUAUCAUGGUACCACAACAAUGACACCACCAUCGCUCGCGUCAUCAGGAACAACAUCUGCCACCCACACAUCACAACAGGUCCCAGAUGUGCCAAUGACAACACAAGCCUCUCCUACUACCAACAUCUUGGGUCAGGGAGGAGUGGCCACCACUCAAGGACCGCGAGUGGCAACCACCACAGAGUACAAACCGAUUAUAACAUAUGUGCCACCAACAACGUACAGCGUACCCACCUAUAGGCCAGCCACAUCUGCGCCGCCCACAUCGCCGCCAACAACAAUGCCACCAACAUUGACGACGGGGCCACCACCAUCAGCAUAUCCAACAACGUCGCCGUCAUCGCAUGGGCCCAGCGAAACAUCGCCAACUUCAGCAGCACCAGCAUAUGGCACACAAAUUCCAGUCGUCUCUUCGAAAUAUCCCGUUACUGAAGCCAGCAGCGAGGAAGAGGAAAGUGCCAAUACAGUUGGAACGGGAUUGGGUGUACCUGCUUCAGGUGGCAGUACAGACAUUGAACCCCAUACGGAUUGCAUUAAAAUGGGAUGCUACAAUGGUGGCACUUGUGUCACCACCUCGGAGGGAUCAAGGUGUGUCUGCCGUUUCGAUCGCCAGGGUGCCCUCUGUGAAACGCCCAUCAUCAUUAAGAAUGCCGCUUUCUCGGGCGAUUCAUAUGUCUCGCAUCGCAUCCACAAGGACAUUCAGCAUCACGACUCACUGGACACCGUGCUGCCGAUGCAUGUCCAGUUGAAGGUACGAACACGUGCCACAAAUGGCCUCAUCAUGCUGGCUGCCGCUCAAGGUACCAAGGGUGGCCAUUACAUGGCCCUGUUCCUGCAAAAGGGUCUGUUGCAAUUCCAAUUUUCGUGUGGCCUGCAAACGAUGCUGUUGAGUGAACUUGAGACACCGGUGAACACCGGUCACGAGAUAACCAUACGAGCUGAAUUGGAUUUCAGCCGCAACUAUACCCACUGCAAUGCCUCACUUUUGGUCAACGAUACGUUGGCCAUGUCGGGAGAUCAACCAACAUGGCUGAAAUUGUUACCACCCCGCAUGCACACCCCCGAAACUAUUCUAAAUACAUGGCUACAUUUGGGUGGUGCUCCCCAGGCUCCUAUUGGUUUGAUUAUCGAGCUGCCACCAUCUCAGAGUGGCACCGGCUUCACGGGAUGUUUGCAUUCACUGAAAAUCAACGAGGAUAGCCGUGAAAUAUUUGGAGAUGCCCUGGAUGGUUUUGGUAUUACCGAAUGUGGUUCGCUGGCCUGUUUGUCCAGCCCCUGUCGCAAUGGUGCCGCCUGUAUUAAAAUCGAAACCAAUGAAGUCGAUGACAAUGGUGAUAAGGUGGAGAAAUGGAAAUGUAAAUGUCCCUCUGGCUAUAUGGGUCCAACGUGUGAGAUAUCGGUGUGCGAAGAUAAUCCCUGUCAAUAUGGUGGAACUUGUGUACAAUUCCCUGGUAGCGGUUAUCUUUGUUUGUGUCCUUUGGGUAAACAUGGACACUAUUGUGAACACACCUACCUACCUCCUUUGUCAAUAUUCCUUGAUGCAAAUGCCAAUUUUUCAGACUUGGAAGUGGCCCUGCCCUCAUUCUCGGGCAGUGUCAAUGGCCUCUCUUCGUUUGUGGCCUACACCGUACCCAUACCGCUGGAAUAUUCCAUGGAAUUGAGUUUCAAGAUUUUACCCCAAACCAUGUCACAAAUUGCCCUGUUGGCCUUUUUGGGCCAGCCGGGAUAUCAUGAUGAGAAGAGCGAUCAUUUGGCCAUUAGUUUUAUACAGGGCUAUAUUAUGCUCACCUGGAACCUGGGUGCUGGACCGCGUAGAAUUUUCACCCAAAAACCAAUUGAUUUCCGUUUGGAUGCGCCACGAGUGCCGUAUGAAAUCAAAGUGGGACGCAUUGGGCGCCAGGCGUGGCUUUCGGUGGAUGGUAAAUUUAAUAUCACAGGUCGUUCACCGGGCAGCGUGAGUCGCAUGGAUGUCUUGCCCAUUUUGUAUUUGGGUGGCCAUGAGAUUGCCAAUUUCAAUACCCUGCCGCAUGACUUGCCACUGCAUUCCGGUUUCCAAGGCUGUAUCUACGAUGUACAUCUUAAGGCGGGUCAAGUUACAGUGCCGCUGCAGGAGACACGCGGCGUAAGAGGUCGUGGUGUGGGCCAGUGUGGCACACGAGAAUGUCAUCGACAUGCAUGUCAGCAUGAUGGUGCCUGUCUUCAGCAUGGAGCAACAUUCACCUGCAUAUGCCAGGAAGGUUGGUACGGUCCAUUGUGUGCCCAGCCCACAAAUCCUUGUGACUCGUUUAACAAUAAAUGUUCGGAGGAAUCGACAUGUGUGCCUUUGGUCAACGGAUAUGAAUGUGACUGUCCGGUGGGUCAAACGGGCAAAAAUUGUGAAGAAGAAAUACAUUCCCUCAGCGAUGUCAGCUUGACGGGCAGACGUUCAUACUUGGCCGUUCGAUGGCCAUAUCUAUACGACAACAGCGAUAAGAUGGGUGCCAAGCGGUCACAGAUAAUAAGCUAUCGUAACUUCACAAAGAAACUGAUGCCACCAAAACCGAUUGCUUCGUCGAAUCAACAUUUUGUCAUGAAACUACUAAACGAGGUGGAGAAGCAGAGAAAUUUCUCUCCAGUACCUUUGAUGGGUUCCAAAUCCUUUGAAGAACAUCAUCGGGUGCAAUUCUUCUUCAUUGAAUUCCAAUUACGACCACUUUCCGAACGAGGUCUUCUGUUGUAUUUUGGUAGUUUGAAUAAAAAUAUGGAUAAGAAGAUCGGCUUCGUAUCGCUAUCGCUACAAGGUGGUGUGGUGGAAUUCCGCAUAUCUGGACCCAGUAAUCAUGUUACGGUGGUGCGUAGUGUCCGCAUGCUGGCCAUUGGUGAAUGGCAUAAAAUCAAAAUGGCUCAACGUGGUCGAUGGCUAACACUGUGGGUAGAGGGUAGUGCCUCAUCGGCCUUGGCCCCCAGCGCCGAAGUGUUGGUUGAACCUGAUGCUCUACUCUAUGUUGGAGGUCUAAAGGAUUUGUCGAAAUUGCCGCAUAAUGCCAUUUCCGGUUUCCCUGUACCAUUCCGUGGUUGUGUGCGUGGAUUGGUGGUCAGCGGUACACGAAUUGUCCUAAAUGAAACCAAUAUCAUUGAAUCCCGUAAUAUCCGCGAUUGUGAUGGCACUGCCUGUGGCGGUGAUUCCUGUGAAGCCGGUGGCCAUUGUUGGCUGGAUGAAAAGUUACAACCUCACUGCAUUUGCCCGGAAUAUGCAAAGGGUGAUCGUUGUGAAUACUCGGAAACAUGCAAACUCAUACCCUGCAAAAAUAAUGGUCGCUGCCUGAGAAGCGGCAGAUGUUCGUGUCCCAAUGGCUGGGGUGGAUUCUAUUGUGAAAUUGCCCUCAGCAAACCGACAACACCCAGCUUCCGUGGCAACAGUUAUUUGAUCUUACCACCACCUCGUAUUCCCAUGAAAGAUAAACGCAAGGGACCAUCGAUGUUUGUGCGGCCACGUGAAGCUAUACAAAUAUCAUUGAACUUCUCGACCAUAGAACCCGACGGUCUAUUGCUGUGGAGUGAACAUGACCGACAGAAAUUCUUAGGUUUGGGCUUGGAAAAUGGUCAUUUGAAGAUUGCCAGCAAUUUGCUGGGAUCGGACAACGAUACUGUCUCGACACCAUCAAGUGGCUUCAUCACCGAUGGCAGCUGGCACAUGGCGAGAAUUGUUGUCGAUCGUUCACAUCUGGAGCUGCAGCUGGAUGGUGAGGUGAUAUUUACAGAGAAAUUGGCGUCACAGGAAUUAAUGCAACAGCAACAACAACCAUCAAGCACAACAUCACCGCAUAGAACGAGAUCGAGAAAUUCACUGCUGGCCCGAAGGGGCAAAGAACCAACGAUAACCUAUGAGGAUUUGUUCUAUUUGGGUGGUUUCCCCAACUUGGAGUCGGUGAGUAAACGUACCCAAGGACGUUAUGAUCAACCAUUCAAAGGUUGCCUCCAGGACAUACAAUUCGGAGCUGAGCCAAAUGCAUUGAUCAAGGAUUUCUCAACAUAUCAAGGUGAAAAUAUUGGCUCAUGUGAUCUUCAUGGCGACGAACCCAUAGUUGUGUAGAAACUUGAUAUAAUAAAAAUAACCAAACAUAUAUAUUAUAUAUAGAACAUGAAAACGAAGUAUAUGAAGAAUUUUAAGAAAAAAAAAAAUUACCACAAAAAACAUGAAAUGAAAAAAAAAAACAGAACAGAGAAAAAUACUUAGAUGGUUUUCAUAACUUGCUAAAUGAACUACAAACAAAAAAUAAAGAAAAGUGAACUACAGAAAUAAAUAAAUAAAAACUAAGACGACAUAUAAAUAUACAUAUAUACUUAUAAUGAAUUCAACAAAAAUAUAGAAACAAACAAAAAAGGGGAAAAGAAAAACUAAUUUUGUAAAUUUUAUAAAGAAAUAAAGAAAACAUGCAAAACAAAAACAAAUGAUACUAAGCCAGGACGAAUGGUCAGGCUAAAUUUAACCGGAAGAGGAAAAAAACAAAAAUAUUAAUUUUUGGGAAAUUUCUUUUGGGUUAAAUUGAGUUUGAAACCCAAUAGAAAAUGGAUAACAUUUUGGAACAAUUGAAAUAAAAAAAUAAUAUUCAAUAAAAUUCAAGUGCUGAAAUAUUAAAAAAAUUGAAAAAAAAAAAUAUUGAAAAUAGACAACAUGUUUAAGAGAAAAAUUUUACAAUUUAGAGAAAAAGAUUUUUUCAUAAAAAAAAACCAAAAUACAUUUUUAGCAAAAUAAUGCAAGAAAAAAAAAGAAUAAAUAAAACAAAACAACUAAGUGAUAGAAAAACUGAAAAAAAUGAUAUAAAAAAAACAAUUUAUUACUAAAACAAAAAAAUAUGUUUUGAAAAUUAAAUUAUAUUACAUCUCAAAUUUAUUUGUGUUCACCGGAAUAUUUUUAUUUUUUUAAUAGUAAUUUCUUUUGUUAUUUGUUAAAAGUACAUUUUGUUAAUUAUAUGUUUUUGUUAUUGUAUUAAUUCAGUUAGUUAUUACCCCUUUGGGGAUUCUACUUUAAAAAAUGAAAUAAACGAAUGAUCUCCCCCAUAUUCCAAUGGCUCUCUCACUGUCUCCUUCUCUCUUUCUCUCUCUAUCUCUUUAACCGCCAUAUGUUUUUUGUCAACUGCCUUUCCAGUCUGCCAUUAAUUAUUAUUAAACGAAUGUGUUUUUUGUAUUAAUUUUAAGUAAACUUUAGAUAAAAAAUAUUAAAUUUAAAAACAAAAAAAUAUAUAUAUAUGAAUUACUUUUUAUUUUUAAUUCAGCUAAAUGGGAGAAAAGAAAUUAUUGAAAGAGAAAACACUUUUAAAGAUUUUGAUGAAGUAUUUCUGAAUGAUAUUUAAAUUAAUUCCAACAUAACACAGUUCACGAAUUUUUCUGUCUCUUACUGCGGACAUUUAAAAAAAAUAGGAAAAACAUGUAUUUCAAAAUUUAUUUUUAUACCUUCCACCAUGCUAUGAAGGGUAUAUUAACUUGCGUUUGUAACUCCUCGAAAUACUCAUGUCAGCGUAAAUUUCUAAGUCGAUUUAGCGAUUUCCGUCUGCCUGUCUAUCCGUCUGUCUGUUGUAAUCACGCUAUCUUUUGAACGAAUUGAGAUAGAAGGCUAAGGUUGGGCCAUGUAGGUCUACGUCUUCGUAUAGCCACCAUAUAACGGUACCUUCCGAUAUUCGGUAUUUUGAUGAUUUUAGCGUCAUUAUUCACCGGGUAGUUUCAAAUUACGUAUUUAGAGUUCGUAAUGGGAAAUACAGUCUGUGACAGAAAAUUGUCUAUGCAGGUCCAGGUCUUCGUAUAGACCCCACAUAACGGUGCCUCCCAAUAUUCGGUAUUUUGAUGAUUUUAGCGUCAUUAUUCACUGGAAUUGUUUCAAAUUUGGUAUCUGAAGUUCGAAAUGUCUACAGUCUAAGACAGAAAAUUGUCUAUGCAAGUCCAGGUCUUCGUAUAGGCCCCAUAUAUCAGUACCUCCCGAUAUUCGAUAUUUUGAGCAGUUUCAAUGGGAACUACAGUCUGUGACAGAAAAUUGUCUAUGCAAGUCCAGUCUUCGUAUAGGCCUAAUAUAUCAGUAACUCCCUAUAUUCGGUAUUUUGACGAUUUUAGGUACAAUACUCACCAAAAUUGUUUGAGAUGUCGUAUUUGAAGUUCGUAAAAGAUGCUACAGCCUGUGACACAAAAUUGUCUAUGCAGGUCCAGGUUUUCGUAUAGCUCCGAUAUAACGGUACCUACCUAUAUUCGGUAUUUUGAUGAUUUUAUCUGCAUUAUUCACCGUUUAUUUCAAGCUUCGAAUUUUAUUUUUUUUUUUUUUUUGAAAAAUUCCAAAUUCGUUCCAAAUAGUGGAGGGUAUUCAAAGUUUAGGCCGGUCGGACUUACUGCUUUUUAACUUGUUUUAAUAUAUAUAUUUUUUAAAGUCGAAAGAACAUUUCCUAUUUUUUGUUUUUAAUUCAAGUUUUUUGUUCUCCCAUUUAAGUUUAGCAUGCUCAUAUCUAUUUACGCAUACACACACAGUUGUAUGUGUAUAAAUAAUAUUUUUACUUAAAUUUAUUUCAUAAUUCUAAGCCAUUUAGUUGCCUUGUAGUUUGUAGUCGUUACAAGAAGAAAAUAUUGAAUAUAAAUAAUUAACAACAUAAAAAAGAACUAAUAAUAAUAAAAAUAAUUUCAAAGUUUAAAUAAUUAAAAAAUAACCCUACUUUGCAACUUAUUCUUUUGUGCAAAAAAAAUGGAAAGAACUUUUAGUAUCCAGAUAUUAAAAUAUUAUUAAAUAAAAAA